AUGGCAGCUCCAUCGCAGACAUGGGAAGAGAUGUGGGGACCCAGCAGAGACCGGCGGCUUGCAAUAUUCCAGACACUCUACGAUGGCUCAUUAUCAGCUUCUGAAGCCGGCGAUCAGCUUGUGGAAGCCUCUUUAGCUGAUGACAAUCCCGGUCUAACCAUCAACCUCCUGCUCAAAGCCGCCAGAGAACGACCAGAGCAGCACGACAAGCUCGUCAAUGUUCUUCUUCACGUGGUAAAGCUUGCACAUCCAACAGGUGCCGAUGGACAACCCACCCAAAGCCAGGAAACUCGUCUCAGCGACGCUCUACCAUUUCUAGGUAUGGUUCUGAAUGAGACCUGGAACGGCCUCACAGUACCCUUAUCACCGCCCGAAGCCCGCCAGAAAGACGUCCAGCGCUUCAUCAACGUCAACAGACUCUGCGCAAAACUCAUGACCACCAAGUACUCUUUCUUCAACUACUCAAUGUUCGCCCUCUGGACAUUCCGCGCCGCGCUCGAAACAACAGUAAAGCAAAGCAGCCCGCGGCACAGUCCACCAGAAGCCUUCAUCCCCGCAGCAGCAGCGUGGAUUGAGAUCUUGGGGGAGGAGAUUUUCACCUGGGACGAGGAAUUCGAGCAUGGUCCAGCAGCUCGCUCGAGACCAGGGAGGGGAGGGCCGUUGUGUCCUGAGAAGCAUAAUUUCGAUAGAGAGCGGUGGGAUCUGUGGCGGGACAGGUUUAGAGAGGUGGCGCAGGACGAUGAGGAGGACGUUGAUGAGAGGGUUAGGGAUGCUGCGAGGAAGGCGCAGAGAAGGAUGGCGGAGAUCCAGCAGAUGCCGCCACGACCUGAGCUGGGUGAUAUGGACUUGCCUGAUGAAAGACCUGGUACGGGCCGAUGGCAUGGCUCGAUGUACAAGGCUUGA